AUGCUCUCACGGCACGACGAAUGCUCUCACGGCACGACGAAUGCUCUCACGGCACGGCGAAUGCUCUCACGGCACGGCGAACGCUCCCGCGAACGGCACCGCGAACGCUCCCGCGAACGCUCCCGCGAACGCUCCCGCGAACGCUCCCGCGAACGCUCCCGCGAACGCUCCCGCGAACGCUCCCGCGAGGGCUACCGCGAACGCUCCCGCGAGGGCUACCGCGAGUGCUCCCAGAGCACUCACCAAUGCUCACAGAGCUGA